CAGAACUAACGAAUCAAGGGGUUCAGUCCUCUGUAUUGGCAAUUAUACAUUUGAAUGCAUAAAUUGGAUAGAACGAAAAUUCAUAGUCAACAUUGGAAAGUAACUUGUCAAAUUUUUGGUACAUAAGCAGGGCUCCCUGUGCCAAGACAUCAGUCCAUCAGGAGCUGACUUAGUAUGAUGAACAGCUAAUCUUUUAUAUGCUUUACCUUUUGAAUGCUCAGGUGAAAUUUUAAUUUAACCAGCGCGUGAAUGCAAUGUUGUGCAUUGGAACCAAAAAGCAAGGCACACUAAAAUUCUUGCAAGUGUGCUUGUGAAUUGUAACUGAGGGUCAUGACUAUGUGGAGGUGGAAUAACAGAAAAGAUGAUCAAGUCUCUGCAUCUUUUUAUGCUGGAGGAGAAAUUAGCCAAUCUCAGUAGCUUAGUUGCCGAAAUUAGCAGAUCUCAGUGACUUAGUUCUCUCUCUUGUCAACCAGAAAAUUGAAGAAAGUGCUAAUGAAGCUAGAUGGGCCAUGUUAGCUGUAAGCCCUGUGAUGUUGGUGACAGAUGAGAGUUGCAUCAGUUGGUAUUCUGAACUCCACAGGGAUGGUAUACCUUCUCUAAAAUGGCAUAUUUCCUUGGGCUCCCUUUCUUCACCAUUUUCAAGCAAUGUGAAUGUAUCAACUAUGGGCAUGCUGGAUCUGCAUCAAAUAACUCCUCCAAGUUCCUUUUCAACUACUGACUACCUCUGGGCUCGUGAUGGUGCUGUAAUAAUAUGCUUCACAUCUGGGACUACUGGGAAGCCAAAAGGAGUUGCCAUAAGCCAUUCAGCUUUGUUCAUACAAUCUAUGGCAAAAAUAGCCAUAUGUGAUUACAGUGAGAAUGAUGUUUAUUUGCAUACUGCUCCUUUGUGCCACAUUGGGGGUCUCUCAUCGGCCGUGGCCAUGUUAAUGGCUGGAGCUUGCCAUGUCUUAAUGCCCAAGUUCGAAUCUAAAACAGCCAUUGAGGUUAUAGAGAAACAGGAUGUCACCGCUUUGAUCACUGUUCCGGCCAUGGUUGCUGAUCUAAUAUCCUUUCUCAGGGAGAAGGGACUGCGGAAAGGAAGAGACUCUGUGAAAAAGAUAUUAAAUGGUGGAGGAAGUUUGUCAAUCGAUCUUAUCAAAGAAACUGUCAACUUCUUCCCAAGAGCUAAGAUUCUCUCAGCCUAUGGAAUGACAGAGACUUGUUCUUCACUAACGUUCAUGACUCUCUAUGAUCCACAUUUCUCAUUUUCCUACCAGCCCCAUCAAUUUCAUGUCAGAGCAGAUCUCAGUUCAGUUCAAAGACCACGAGGCAUUUGUGUUGGCAAACCUGCCCCACAUGUUGAAUUGAGGAUGGAUGGUGAUGAUUCAAUUGGCAGUGGGAAAAUUCUAACCAGAGGUCCACAUUUGAUGAUUGGAUACUGGGAUCAAGUUCGAUCAUCAGUCUCUAGCAGUCAUUCCUGGUUUGACACGGGUGAUGUUGGUUUCAUUGAUGAGCAUGGUCAGGUGUGGCUCAUUGGUCGAGAAAGUGGUCGGAUCAAGACCGGGGGAGAAAAUGUUUACCCUGAAGAGGUAGAGGCAAUACUACUCCAACAUCCAGGAGUAGCUGGUAUCGUCAUUAUAGGAAUCCCUGAAGCUCGCCUGACUGAGAUGGUUGUUGGGUGUAUUCGUGUGAAAGACAACUGGCUUUGGUCUGAUAAAAGCCAUGAACUUGGAGCUGAAAAAGAAGAACGUUUGUUGUCUGAUGAAAUUCUUCGACAGUACUGCAGAGACAGGAACUUAACAGGGUUUAAGAUACCAAAAACUUUCAUUCCUUGGAAGAAGCCUUUCCCGACCACUACUACAGGGAAGAUACGAAGGGAUGCUGUUCGCCAGGAAGUUGUUUCUCAUGUUCGGUUUAUCCAAAGCAAUUUAUGACUGCUGACAUUGUGACUUCCCAAUUGAAUGAUGAAAAAUGAAAUGACACCGGUCUGUUUCUUAUUGUCCCUGAAUGCAAAACUUCCUCCCAGACA